AUGUCUCCAUACAACCUGGUCCUGCUGCAGGUCCUCUGCUUAUGGUUAAUGAGGCUCGGUGGCUUUUCUGAAACCAGGGUUUUAAAACCCUUGUUUUUCAUGAUUGUAAUGUUUAUCUACACGUUAAUUCUGUGUGCCAACCUGUUGCUCAUUGUUGUUAUCUGUAAGAGCAGGAGCUUACAUGAACCUAUGUAUAUAUUUCCAUGCAGUCUGUUUGUUAAUGAGCUGUUUGGUAGUAUGGGGUUCUUCCCUCUCCUCUUGGUUCAGAUUCUCUCUGACAGUCACACUGUUUCUGUUCCUUUGUGUUUCCUGCAGAUCUUCUGUGUGUACUCAUAUGUAACUGUAGAGCUUUUUAUUUUAGCCGUCAUUUCUUAUGACAGAUAUCUUGCCAUCUGUUAUCCUCUGCAAUAUAACUCUCUUAUGACAUUUAAAAAGGUUGCUGUGCUUAUUGCAGUGUCAUGGUUAACAUCUUUUUUUAAUGUUGUUUGCACAGUGUCCUUGAAUUCUACUCUGCAGCUGUGUGGGAACAUUAUUGACAAUGUUUACUGUAAUAGCUACUCCAUAGUUAAACUGGCCUGCUCUGACACCACAAUAAAUACAAUUUACGGCAUAGUUUUGCUCAUGAUCACAGUUAUUGCUCCUCUGAUUUUGAUCUUAUAUACUUACAUGAGGAUUCUUAAAGUGUGUUUCUCUGGUUCCAAAGAGACCAGACAAAAAGCUGUCAGUACCUGCACACCUCACCUGGCCUCUCUGCUCAACUUUGCUUUUGGAAUUUGCAUUGAGUUUAUUCAGAGCAGGCUGAAUAUGAGCGGAGUACCAAGUCUGCUGUCCGUAUUUUUAUCCGUAUACCUUAUGACAUGUCAGCCGAUCCUAAACCCAGUCAUGUACGGCCUGAAAAUGUCCAAAAUAUUCAAUAUAUGUUUAAGCCUGUUUUGUUCUAAAGCUCUGAUUAUCCAACUCAAUCGUUGA